CUUUGCAUCGCAGUUUACAGGAAACAGGAAACUAGUGUGAAAGGAAAGGAGAGGACUGUGUCCUUUUAUGUUUUAAAAUACGGAGUGUGCAGCUCUGAAUCUUGAAUCACGCCCAAAGGAUGAGCUGUCGGUGCUGCAGUCGUGACCCCGGUUGAGCCUGAAUGGCAGAGGUCUGCUCCAAGAAAAAACAUGGCUGCAAAGGAGAAAAUGGAGGCAGUGUUAAAUGUGGCCCUGAGGGUGCCAAGCAUCAUGCUGUUGGAUGUCCUGUACAGAUGGGAUGUCAGCUCCUUCUUCCAGCAGAUCCAAAGAAGUAGCCUCAAUAACAACCCUCUUUUCCAAUAUAAGUAUUUGGCUCUUAAUAUGCAUUAUGUAGGUUAUAUCUUAAGUGUUGUGCUACUAACCUUGCCCAGGCAAUACCUGGUUCAGCUUUACCUAUAUUUUUUGACUGCCCUUCUCCUCUAUGCUGGACAUCAAAUCUCCAGGGACUAUGUUCGAAGUGAACUGGAGUCUGCCUAUGAAGGACCGAUGUAUUUAGAACCUCUCUCCAUGAAUCGAUUUACCACAGCCUUAAUAGGUCAGUUGGUGGUGUGUACUUUAUGCUCCUGUGUCAUGAAAACGAAGCAGAUUUGGCUCUUUUCCGCCCACAUGCUUCCUCUGCUAGCACGACUCUGCCUGGUUCCUCUGGAGACCAUUGUUAUCAUCAACAAAUUCGCUAUGAUUUUUACUGGAUUAGAAGUUCUCUAUUUUCUUGGGUCUAAUCUUUUGGUACCUUAUAACCUUGCUAAGUCUGCAUACAGAGAAUUGGUUCAGGUUGUGGAGGUAUAUGGCCUUCUAGCCUUGGGAAUGUCUCUGUGGAAUCAACUGGUGGUCCCUGUACUUUUCAUGGUUUUCUGGCUCGUCUUGUUUGCUCUUCAGAUUUACUCCUACUUUAGUACUCGAGAUCAGCCUGCGUCGCGGGAAAGGCUUCUUUUCCUUUUCUUGACAAGUAUUGCUGAAUGCUGCAGCACUCCUUAUUCUCUUUUGGGUUUGGUCUUCACGGUUUCUUUUGUUGCCUUGGGUGUCCUGACACUCUGCAAGUUUUACUUGCAGGGUUAUCGAGCCUUCAUGAAUGAUCCUGCCAUGAAUCGGGGUAUGACAGAAGGAGUUACGCUGUUAAUCCUGGCGGUGCAGACGGGUCUCAUCGAGCUGCAGGUGGUGCACCGGGCAUUCCUGCUCAGUAUUAUCCUUUUCAUUGUUGUAGCUUCUAUCCUACAGUCUAUGCUGGAGAUUGCAGAUCCUAUUGUUUUGGCGCUGGGAGCAUCUAGAGACAAGAGUUUAUGGAAACACUUCCGUGCUGUGAGCCUUUGUUUAUUUUUACUGAUAUUCCCCGCUUACAUGGCCUACAUGAUUUGCCAGUUUUUCCACAUGGAUUUUUGGCUUCUUAUCAUUAUUUCUAGCAGCAUUCUUACCUCUCUUCAGGUUCUGGGAACACUUUUUAUUUAUGUCUUAUUUAUGGUUGAGGAAUUCAGAAAAGAGCCAGUAGAAAAUAUGGAUGAUGUCAUCUACUAUGUGAAUGGCACUUACCGCCUGCUGGAGUUUCUUGUGGCGCUUUGUGUGGUGGCCUAUGGCGUCUCGGAGACCAUCUUUGGAGAGUGGACAGUAAUGGGCUCAAUGAUCAUCUUCAUCCAUUCCUACUACAAUGUGUGGCUUCGGGCCCAGCUGGGGUGGAAGAGCUUUCUUCUCCGCAGGGAUGCUGUGAAUAAGAUUAAAUCAUUACCUCUCGCAACGAAAGAGCAGCUUGAGAAACACAAUGAUAUUUGUGCCAUCUGUUAUCAGGAUAUGAAGUCUGCUGUGAUCACACCUUGCAGUCAUUUCUUCCACGCAGGCUGUCUGAAGAAGUGGCUGUAUGUCCAGGAGACCUGCCCCCUGUGCCACUGCCACCUCAAAAACUCUUCCCAGUUCCCAGGGUCAGGGACAGAGCCGGCUCCACAACCGCGUGCUGGAGCCGAGGAUAACGCUGUACAUCAGGAAGGGACCCAGCCGGCUCCACAACCGCGUGCUGGAGCCGAGGUUAACGCUGUGCUUCAGGAAGGGACCCAGCCUGCUCCACAACCGCGUGCUGGAGCUGAGGAUAACGCUGUGCGUCAGGAAGGGACCCAGCCUGCUCCACAACCACGUGCUGGAGCCGAGCAAAACGCAGUGUGUCAGGAAGGGACCCAGCCUGCUCCACAACCACGUGCUGGAGCCGAGCAAAACGCAGUGUGUCAGGAAGGGACCCAGCCUGCUCCACAACCACGUGCUGGAGCCGAGGAAAACGCACUGCAUCAGGAAGGGACUGCACCUUCAGACCAAGAGCAUCCUCGAGGGACCGGAGUGGAAGAAGGUUCCAGAGACAAUAAUGAGUGCAUUGCCAGCAGAUCAGGUAGCCAGGAAGGGACUUGUGAGCCCAUGGAAUAGCUUCUUGGUGCAAAAGAUGAAGCAUGUCCUGCUGAGGUCAACCCAGAAGAAAAGCAGCAGGAGUAACGCCGUGUAUGCUGGCGGGGAGGCUAACUCUGAUGGAAUUUGUGCCCAGAUUUGAGAAACAAAUACAUGGGGUGAUUAGGUGGGAAAUUUGACAUUCCAAGGAUCUAAUCCAGGAAGUACUUACUCUCAGUGGAGACCACCUGCUUUCAUGCCCUUGACAUUGUGGGAGAAAUUUUGCAAUGUAUGCUAAUCAAAAUGUAUUUAUAUAUCCUAUGCUGAUGUUUUGUAGAGGUUUGCCAAGGAAAUUUAACCUCAACAACUUCAGAAACUGUCCCUGAUUUGUCAGGGAUAAAUAAAAUCAGAUUUGAGUGUUUGAAAGGGGCUAAAGAAAGGAAGACAACAUAAGGACAGUCUGGGAAGAGGCAGGCAGAGUGGAACUGACAUUUCACUUUCUAUGGGACAGGAUCCUUUUUGUUACAGAAUAUGAGUAGUGACCAGCCCCUUUCUCCACCCCCUUUUCCCUCAGCUAAUUGGAACUCAGUCUGGUAAUUAUUGAGUUUUGUACAGCACUGAUUGAAAUCAAAGAUAUAAAAGCAUUAAUUGUAUCCAGAGAUUGAAACAUGCUCAUACUUUGUAUGUGCUUUCGGGGAGGGGCGGGUGGGCAUUUGGCCUCAGGUACAUUCACGUAACCUGAGACUCUUGAACUUUCUGAUGGAGUCCUCAAUAUUUUGUGUAUAUGAAACUUUUGUUAAUAUAUCGUACACUGUUGGCUGUGUGAAGUAAUCUAAAACUCUAAUGAACACUUUGGAGUCCACAUUAGUGUGGGAGACCGAAGUGGGAAGGGCUUUAGGGCACUGAUAUAGGCCUUGUGUACUUUUCAAUCCUGUGUAAUGUUUAGUUCUUGCAACUGAAUCAACAGUGUUAAGUUAUGGCAAUAUUUGCACUUGGGAAUGAGUACAUAACUGUAUGAUCACAUUGCAAAUGCCACUUUUAAAGCUGUUAAUAGACUUUGCACCUUUUCUUUGAUAAGGAUGUGUCAUAUUUAAAUUUUUACAUUCAUCAUGGCUACAGGUAGACCUGGGGGGGGGGGAUACAAUUUUUUAUGGGAAUUUUGAUAUGAAAAGAAACUAGUCAUUUAUUUAUACAAUAGGCUUGGUUCAGAAUGUUUUUCAGACUUGGUACUCCUAAUGUGGGUUGUGACUUUAUUUCAUUUUUAGUAGCAAAUUUGGAUGUAGACUGACAGACAUAGCUGAAUGUCUUAAUAAAUUUAAAUUUGAAGAUAA